GCAUUAGGUUUGGUACUAAAACCCUAAAAAAACUCAAUAUCAGAAAAAAACAGAGCUUCCUCCUCCUCCUUCUCCCAAAUCGAUCCUCUUCCCAGAAAAAUGCGGCCUUUAGACGAGAACGAGACGACCGUCGUCUUCGAGAAGCUCUUCAAGUUCAUCGGAAACAACCUCAAGAACCUCGUCGAGAACCCCUCUCACGAAGGACCCGACCCAGAAUCCGGCCGUUACUGCUUCCGCCUCCAGAAGAACAGAGUCUACUACGUCAGCGAGUCUCUCGUGAAGCGAGCCACGAACAUCGCCCGGAAAAACCUCGUCUCGCUCGGAACCUGCAUCGGGAAAUACACUCACGCCGGGAGCUUCCACCUGACGAUUAUGUCGCUCAAUCUCUUGGCGGCGAACGCUAAACACAAGGUAUGGCUAAAACCCACAUCGGAGAUGUCGUUUCUUUACGGGAACCAUGUGUUGAAAGGAGGAUUAGGGAGGAUUACUGAUAGUAUUGUUCCUGGAGAUGGAGUUGUCGUGUUCUCGAUGACUGAUGUUCCGUUAGGGUUUGGAAUUGCGGCUAAGAGCACUCAGGAUUGCCGGAAAUUGGAUCCUAAUAACAUCGUUGUGCUUCAUCAAGCUGAUAUUGGGGAGUAUUUGAGGGAUGAAGACGAGCUUUGAUAAAGUUCAAAGUUUUAGUCUUAUGUGUGUGCGAUGUUUCUGCAGUUUUUAUGUAAGUGCGGUCUUAGUUUUGAUUCUGCUUGUUGUUUUAAGCUAUUUUGAGUUCUUACGGUAUGUAGCUGCUGUUGGAAAUUUUGUGGAACAUGAUACUGGAACUAUGAAAGUCUUCAUUUUUAUGAAUUUGAUUGAGGUGUUA